CCUGGGCGAGCGGGCGCCGUGCGCGUGUCCCGCGGCCGAGCUGCUAAUAAAGUUGCACUGAGGGAAAGCGCAGCGACGGCGCCCGGGGAGUGCGUGCAGCCGGCGGCUGCUGCUAUUACGUGGAGUUUGGAGCCUAAGCUUUGAAAACUCCCAUGUGGCGCCUGUCUUAAGUUGGAGCAUGCUCAGUAGCCAAAAACAGAUUUCGGUUGCAAAAAGAACUGGGGCGAGGAUAGCCCGGGUAUUUGGACGUGUGCCCGAUUCCUAACAAAAUGUUCCAAUUCUGGUUUUGAUGGCAUUGGAGAAUGGAGCUGUAGGCCAUCCUGGAGGACUUGAACCAAUGAAAGAAUCUUAUGGCACUUAUGAAGAUAAAUGUCACUCCUCCCUUUUUAAUUGGAACUUCUGCUUAGAACCUGUAUGUGACUUUUCAUCUGUGAGCUGUUCUUUGAGUAGCCACUGACUUUGAGUUGCAGGAAGGUCUCUGAAGAUUUAUAUCAAAUGACGUCAAUGGCCAGCUUGUUUUCCUUUACUAGUCCAGCAGUAAAGCGAUUGUUGGGCUGGAAGCAAGGUGAUGAAGAGGAGAAAUGGGCAGAAAAGGCAGUCGAUGCUUUGGUGAAAAAGCUAAAAAAGAAAAAGGGUGCCAUGGAAGAACUGGAGAAAGCCUUGAGCAGUCCAGGACAGCCGAGCAAAUGUGUCACUAUUCCCAGAUCUUUAGAUGGACGCCUGCAGGUUUCCCACAGAAAAGGCUUACCCCAUGUUAUAUAUUGUCGUGUUUGGCGCUGGCCUGAUUUGCAGAGUCAUCAUGAGCUAAAGCCAUUGGAUAUUUGUGAAUUUCCUUUUGGAUCUAAGCAGAAAGAAGUUUGUAUCAACCCAUACCACUAUAAGAGAGUGGAGAGUCCAGUCUUACCUCCAGUAUUAGUGCCUCGUCACAAUGAAUUCAAUCCACAGCACAGCCUUUUGGUUCAGUUUAGAAACCUGAGCCACAACGAGCCACACAUGCCACAAAAUGCAACGUUUCCAGAUUCUUUCCACCAGCCCAACAACACUCCUUUUCCCUUAUCUCCAAAUAGCCCUUAUCCCCCUUCCCCUGCUAGCAGCACAUAUCCCAAUUCCCCAGCAAGUUCUGGACCAGGAAGUCCAUUUCAGCUCCCAGCUGAUACUCCUCCUCCUGCUUAUAUGCCACCAGAUGAUCAAAUGGGUCAAGAUAAUUCCCAGCCAAUGGAUACAAGCAAUAAUAUGAUUCCUCAGAUUAUGCCCAGUAUAUCCAGCAGAGAAUCUACCUUCAUGUAGAGCAAAAUGUCUGUGGACCUCUGGACCUCUCCUUACUCGCUUUGCAG